AUGGCGGUGGGUCCCGCUCCACGUGAUAUUCCUGAUUUCAAGGCUGGGGAACAAGGAGGAAAAACAUACGCAGUCAAGGCAGGAAAGGCAGGAAAGUCUCCACCCGGCUGGCACCUUGCGUCUGAUCCCUUGCAGAUCGGCGGCAUUAAUAAGACAGUCUGGGCCCAGCGGAGGUUACCUGCGAGCUUCCCGAAUUGGAAUGGGAUGAUACGGUAUUCUAAAAACAUUGUUGUCGAACUCUGCUUUGCCCCUAUGUUGGUGACGUCGUCUUACCGAGCAAGCGGCGGUAAUCCUGGUUACAUGGGCUUGUCAGGUACCGCGGCUGGAUAUCCAAAGAACAAUACGGGGGGCGGGGAGGGGGGGGAGAUGGAAGUCCCUGUAAUCCUUUUGAUCCUUGAUGGUUGA